AUGCAGAGCUUCACCAUCGACAGCUGUUCUUUGAGCCUCGAGGUCCUUUACAAGGCGAUGGUUUACAUCGAGGAUGGAAUGGCCGAGAACGACGGCAGCUUUGCAGCGGUGGACGUGAUGGUGCCCUCGAAUGGCACGACGAAUGCCUUCUCGGCAUACCCGAAGCUGGUCUCCAUCGCCGGCGCCGUGGCCAGCUCCGAUGGGGUCACCUUCACCGUGACGGCCUCCGGCAUGGAUGGCCGGCUCUGGGCCAUGGUGGUGCCGGACUACGUGGAGAACUGCAUGACCGUCAGGGCAAUGAAGUUCCUGCGCGAUGCACUCUGCAGCCGCUGGAACUAUGCCAUCAACGACCAGCCGCAGAGCAUCAGCAUCAUGGGUUGCAAUCUGAAAGGCAAUCGAGCACACUCGCCCGGGGCACCCGGCAUGUGCGCAUUGGCCCUCCGAUGCAGGUGGUGA